GUAGACACCUUUCAAGAUGCUUUCCCGAGCCGUCAUCCGCGCGACCCCCAAGAACCCUUCGGCCAUUGCCCGCCGAGGCUUCCAAACGACACGGGCACAGAUGUCUUCUCCCUACCACUACCCCGAGGGCCCUCUCUCCAACAUCCCUUUCAACCCUAAGGCCAAGUGGUUCGGCACCGGCUACUGGACCUUCAUGGCCGUGGGCUUCGGACUUCCGUUCGGCAUCGCCGCCUGGAAGCAGAGCAAGUAUGUGGAGGAGUAAAGCACCUUGCUAAAAGGUUCUAUACUGGCGUUGAUAAAACGAUGGUUGUACAAGUGGAGGCACCCAGGUACGGUGGGACGGUGGAGGAUCUGUACACAACAUGAAAUACAGGUAGGGUGCAUUACCCGGCGCCCGUGGCAUUCUUUCCUCGAAUCUAUCCGUUUCAUUUGUGACUUGAAGUUUCCUCACUUGCUUGCUAGCUUCAUUCCAGAAAGAACUCAUGGCAUAGGUAUCUUUAUUGGAUGCACUGUGAUCCUGGCAUGGCAUCUCCGGUCUAUAUGUGGCAUAAUUGGCUCUAAAUAUGGUACAAUGUUCAAUCUUGAUCUCACAAUCCAGCU